UGCAGAUGGUGAAACUUGGGUGAUUGUUGCCGCCACUUCCCCACGAAUCAUCCACCGUACAGGAUUUGGAGUGGACGUCUUCUGGAGCAGUCGAGGGAAAAUGACAGAAGCGACGUCAAGUAAACAAGAUCUUUUUACGUGUUCUAUUUGCUUGGAUCUUCUGAAUGAUCCAGUGACUCUCAACUGUGGACACAAUUACUGUUCGGGCUGCAUUAACGGCUGUUGGGAUCAGGAAGAUCAGAAGGGAGUCUACAGUAGCUGUCCCCAGUGUAGACAGACAUUCACUACGAGACCAAAUCUGAACAAAAAUAAUGUUAUUGCCGAACUUGUGGAAGAAAUGAGGAGGUCUAGACCUGCAACUCAGUCUGGGGAUCCUGCGGACGAUGGAGAUGUGGAGUGUGAUAUUUGCUCCGGGAGAAAACUCAAGGCUGUGAAGUCCUGUCUGGAUUGUGUGCUGUCAUAUUGUGAAACUCACUUUGAAGCUCACAAUGAACUUCACCCGCGCAGAAGUCACACAGUAAUCGGCGCCACUGAUCAGCUAGAGGAAAUGAUUUGCUCUCGUCAUAAGAAAGCUCUUGACAUAUUUUGUCGCACUGAUCAGAGUUGUAUCUGUUAUUUUUGCCUGAUGGAGGAGCAUAAAGCCCAUGACACUGUCUCUGCUGCAACAGAGUGGAUCAAUAAAAAGGAAGGAUUGGGCGAGAUCCAGAUGAGAUUCCAGCAGACAAUCCAGAAGAAAGAGAAGGAGGUUCAGGAGCUGAGGAGAGCAGUUGAGACUCUGAAGACUUCAGCACAGUCUGCAGUGGAACACAGUGACUUGAUGUUUGAUGACAUCAUUCGCUCUGUUGAGAGAAGGCGCUCUGAGGUAACUGAGCUGAUCAGAGCUCAGGAGAAGGCUGAGGUUAGUCGGGCUGAAGGACUCCUGGAACAACUGGAGCAGGAGAUCUCUGAGCUGAAGAAGAGAGUUGCUGAGAUGGAGCAGCUUUCACACACACAGGACCCCAUACAUUUCCUCAAGAAUGUAGGGUCCAUCUCUGAUAUUCCUGACAGUAUAAUUCCAACCAGCCUGACUGUCAACUCCAUCCUUUCCUUUGAGUCGGUGAAAACAUCUCUCUCUGAACUGAAGUCGCAGCUGGAGGAGAAAUUAGACUCAAUCUUCAAGCAGGAAUUACUCACAGUAUCUGCAGCAGUGUCUGGAGUACAGGCUGUUGUUACUGAACCAGUGACCAGAGAGGACUUCUUGCAGUAUUACUGCAAUUUCAACCUGGAUCCAAACACUGCAAACAGAUACCUCCAUCUGUCUGAGGGGAACAGGAGGGUGGAGAGGAGAGCUGAGGCCCCCCAGUCAUAUCCAGAUCAUCCAGAGAGAUUUGAUGAUGAUUGGCGGCAGGUGCUGUGUAGAGAGGGUGUUUCUGGACGCUGCUACUGGGAAGUUGAGUGGAGUGGUGAGACGUGGGUUAAUGUAUCAGUAUCAUAUAAAACCAUCAGCAGGAAAGGAAAACAAGAUGAUUGCUGGUUUGGAGAAAAUAAUCAGUCCUGGAGACUAUCUGUCAAGCCCAGAGAGACAUGGUUUGUCCACAAUAAAGACCCCACUAAACUCCCUCUAGUGGCCAGCUCCAGAGUAGGAGUGUAUGUGGACCACAGGGCAGGGACUCUGGCCUUCUACAGCAUCUCUGACACCAUGAUGACACUCCUGCACAAAGUCCAGACCACAUUCUCUCACACUCUCUACCCAGGGUUUGGGUUAUACAAUGGAUCAUCAGUGAAGCUCUUGUGA